CCGAUGGCCCCAAAGAAGAAGGAAGAACCCAAACCUGCAGCAGCAGCAGCAGCAGCAGCACCUCCCAAACCCCAAGAGCCCGAGCCGCCUAAGACGCCGGCCUUUGACCCGGCAACAAUCACGCUGGAAUUCACCCCGGAGCAGAUUGAGGACUUCAAAGAUGCUUUUCAGCUGUUCGACAGGACACCAGCCAAUGAAAUGAAAAUCACUUACGCCCAGUGCGGUGAUCUGAUCAGAGCUUUGGGCCAGAACCCCACCAACACGGAGAUGAUGUACGUCCUCGGGAAGCCGACCCCCGAAGAAAUGCAAACCAAAAUGCUUGACUUUGACCAGUUUCUGCCCAUGCAUCAACACAUCUGCAAGGCCAAAGACCAGGGGACGUAUGAGGACUUUGUGGAGGGUCUGCGGGUAUUCGACAAGGAGGGGAACGGCACGGUGAUGGGGGCGGAGCUCAGGCACGUCCUGGCAACACUCGGUGAGAAGCUGAGAGAGGACGAGGUGGAGCAGCUGAUGCAAAACCAGGAGGAUGCCAAUGGAUGCAUAAACUACGAAGCGUUUGUGAAGUACGUCAUGGCGUCUUGAAGUGAGUUCGUUCCUCCUCCACCACGGAGCAUCGCAGAUGGAUCUCUGCACUCAUCAGUGUUUCACCUGGUUUUUCCCUAAGGCCGCCUGUGUUUCAUGUUGUGCACACAUUGCACCUUACCCACGUUCAAAUUGUAGAUCGUGGUAAAUAAACAAAUACAUUGUGAUGGUGUUCUUUUUUUCACGAGGGAACGGGUUAUGAGAAAGAAUAGAUGGAAGGAAAAUAAAGGGUUUGCAUCAUUGAAGGUUAAAUUAAAAGGAUAAAUGAGGAGAAACAUGUGAAUUGUUUGUACCCCACAGAAACAUCGGUUUUGAAUUAAGGUCUCUUAUUAACAACUUUCUGUAUUCUAUGUUACAGAUUACAUGUGUGUUUAGAUAGAAUUAAAAAAGAUUACAUCAGUUGAAACCUAAUGUAUUUUUUGCAAUGAAGUUAAAUUUAUCAAAACAAAAUGUUGGAGAAUAAAAACCACACAGAACAAAGGUCAUUUGAUGUUUGU